CGAGAAUAUAACUCAAAAUCAAUUAGGGUUUUCUUUUUAACUCUUUCCCUUCCUCUUCUUCUUCCACCAAUUAAACUUAUUCCUUUCUCGCUCUACAAUUCUCUCUCUGUGUCCCUCGUCUAAAGCCCCAAUAUCUUAAUCGAUCACCGAUUACUUGUAGCUAUUGAUUUCAAUCGAAAAUUGGUGAAGGGUUAAGGUUUGUGAUUGGGUGUUUUGGGGAUUGUGGAGCUGGUUCGAGAAAGGUUUGAUCUUUAUUUUUUCUGUGAAUUUUGGAAUUUAGGGUUUGAGAGAUGAUAAGAAGUUGCGGAUCGGGAAGCCAUUGAUCGCCGUUAAUCGGCGAGGCCGAUUCGCGGUUUUGCGGUUUUGUAUGGAAACUCGGAGUCGGAAGCGGGCGGAGGCUACCUCAUCGGCCCCUUCUUCUUCUUCUUCUGGUCCAACCACUCGUUCCUCCAAGCGUGCCCGUCUCUCCGUCACCGCUGCUGCAUCUUCAGUCCCCGCCGGAGUCACCACUAGCGUCGCCGUCAAUUCAUCGGUUUCGACUCGUUCUCGUGUCAGUACUCGUUCACAAGACUCACUAGCUGUUUCGUCAACUGCGAUGGAUUCCACCAACGAAUCGUCCGGGUCCGCUUCCCGUGGCCGACGCGGUAAGAACCCUAGUCAGAACUCUGAUAAGGAUAAUUCCGAUAAAGGAAAGGAAAAAGAGCAUGAAGUCAGGGUUAGGGAUAGAGAUAGAGACACCGAGAGGAGCUUGGGUUUGAAUAUUGACGGCGAUGGUGGCGACGACGAUGAUAACGAUAGCGAAGGCGGUGUUGGGCUUUUGCAUCAGAAUCUUACUUCAGCGAGCAGUGCUCUUCAAGGUCUGCUUAGAAAAUUGGGUGCUGGUUUGGAUGAUUUGCUUCCCAGUUCGGCAAUGCCGUCUGCGUCUUCAUCGCAUCAAAGCGGGCGGCUUAAGAAGAUUUUAUCGGGGUUGAGGGCGGAUGGCGAGGAAGGCAAGCAAGUGGAGGCAUUGACGCAGCUCUGCGAGAUGCUUUCGAUUGGGACUGAGGAGUCUUUGAGCACUUUUUCAGUGGACUCGUUUGUUCCGGUGCUUGUGGGGUUGCUUAACCAUGAGAGCAAUGUGGAUAUCAUGCUUCUUGCUGCCAGAGCACUGACCCAUCUCGUUGAUGUGCUUCCCUCAUCUUGUGCUGCGGUUGUGCAUUAUGGUGCGGUUUCAUGUUUCGUUGCUCGAUUGCUCACAAUUGAGUACAUGGACUUGGCUGAACAGUCUCUGCAAGCUCUGAAAAAGAUAUCUCAGGAACAUCCAACUGCCUGCUUGCGAGCAGGUGCUCUAAUGGCAGUGCUUUCGUACCUCGACUUCUUCUCCACCGGAGUCCAGAGAGUGGCAUUGUCUACUGCUGCAAAUAUGUGCAAGAAACUCCCAUCAGACGCCGCUGAUUUUGUGAUGGAAGCUGUUCCUUUGUUGACAAACCUCCUUCAGUAUCAUGAUGCAAAGGUUUUGGAGCAUGCGUCUGUUUGUUUGACUCGGAUUGCAGAGUCAUUUGCAUCAUCUCCAGAAAAGCUGGAUGAACUAUGCAAUCAUGGACUGGUUACACAAGCAGCUUCACUAAUUUCGACCAGUAGUUCUGGAGGUGGUCAGGCUUCCCUCAGCUCAGCUACUUACACGGGCUUAAUCCGAUUACUUUCUACAUGUGCAAGUGGUUCCCAUCUAGGAGCCAAAGCAUUGCUGCUCCUCGGGAUCAGUGGUAUUCUUAAAGACAUACUAUUUGGUUCUGGACUUGUUGCGAGCAUGUCUAUUUCACCUGCCUUAAGUAGACCGCCAGAGCAGAUAUUUGAGAUUGUGAACCUAGCAAAUGAGCUCCUUCCUCCACUGCCUCAAGGAAUCAUCUCUCUUCCAGCCAGCUCUGGUUUAUUUUUCAAAGGAUCUAUUUCAAAGAAAUCUUCUGUCAGCAGUUCUGGUGAACCAGAAGAUUCAAAUGGAAAUGUACCCGAGGUUUCAACUCGAGAGAAACUAUUAAAUGAUCAGCCUGAGCUUCUGCAGCAGUUUGGAAUGGACCUUCUUCCUGUUUUAAUUCAGAUAUAUGGAUCUAGUGUAAAUGGUCCUGUUCGUCACAAAUGCCUCUCUGUCAUUGGAAAACUGAUGUACUUCAGCUCUGCGGAUAUGAUCCAGUCUUUAGUAACCAUGACAAACUUAUCAAGUUUCCUAGCUGGGGUUUUAGCAUGGAAAGAUCCGCAAGUCUUGGUGCCUGCCCUUCAAAUUGCAGAGAUUCUGAUGGACAAGCUUCCUGGUACUUUUUCCAAGAUGUUUGUGAGAGAAGGUGUCGUUCAUGCUGUAGAUGCACUCAUCCUAGCGAGGCUUCCUAGUACUGCUACUUCCCAACCAUCAUCGAGCGAGAAGGAUAAUGAUUCUAUACCUGGAUCAUCAUCACGCUCUAGGCGUCAUCGAAGACGCGGUGGUAACUCAGAUUUAGAUGUAAAUUCUGCUGAUGAUUCUAAGAAUCCAGUUCCAGUUAUUGGUUCACCUCCAAAGUCGAUAGAGUUUCCGACUGUCAAUUCUAGUCUUCGUGUGGCAGUCAGUGCUUGUGCAAAAACAUUCAAAGAUAAGUACUUCCCUUCAGACCCUGGGACCAGCGAAGCUGGUGUUACUGAUGAUCUUUUACAUUUGAAGAAUCUUUGCAUGAAGCUGAAUGCUGGGGUGGAUGACCAAAAAACUAAAUCAAAGGGAAAGGGUAAAGCUUCUGGUGGUCGUUUUGUCGACAUCUCUGCUUGUAAAGAGGAUAAUUUGGUUGGUGUAAUAUCUGAAAUGCUGGCGGAGCUAAGCAAAGGGGAUGGCGUGUCCACUUUUGAGUUCAUUGGUAGUGGGGUCGUAGCUGCUCUGCUGAAUUACUUUUCUUGUGGAUACUUCUCCAAGGAAAGAAUUUCAGAAGAUAAUCUAACUAAGCUUCGACAGCAAGCAAUCAGAAGAUACAAAUCGUUUGUUGCAGUCGCCCUCCCUGCAAGUCUUGACAAAGGGAAUGUGGCUCCAAUGUCUGUCUUGGUUGAAAAGCUUCAAAAUGCUUUGUCCUCCUUAGAGCGUUUUCCUGUUGUGCUGAGCCAUACUUCUAGGUCAUCUAGUGGUAAUGCACGCCUAUCUUCUGGUCUAGGUGCAUUGUCACAGCCAUUUAAGUUGCGUCUUUGUAGAGCAUCAGGAGAAAAAUCUCUUCGUGACUAUUCUUCAAAUGUUGUCCUGAUUGAUCCAUUAGCGAGUCUAGCAGCUGUUGAAGACUUUCUUUGGCCCCGGGUUCAACGAAGUGAGUCUGGGCAGAAGCCUUUGGCAUCUGCAGGGAACAGUGAGUCUGGGACUACACCUACUGGAGCAGGUGCUUCAUCACCGUCUACUUCUACUCCUUCCACUACUCGUCGCCAUUCUACUCGAUCCAGAUCGUCUGUUAAUAUAGGAGACACAACCAAGAAGGAGUCACAAGAGAAAAAUGCAAGCUCGUCAAAGGGGAAGGGAAAAGCUGUUUUGAAGCCUGGUCAGGAGGAGGGGAGAGGUCCUCAGACAAGAAAUGCUGCUCGCAGAAGAGCAGCUCUUGAUGAAGAUGCACAAAAGAAGCCUGUGAAUGGGGAUUCUAGUUCUGAGGAUGAGGAGUUGGACAUUUCUCCUGUUGAGAUUGACGAUGCCUUGGUAAUUGAAGAUGAUGAUAUCUCUGAUGAUGAUGAAGACGACCAUGAUGAUGUACUGAGGGAUGAUUCUCUUCCUGUUUGUAUGCCAGACAAAGUGCACGAUGUAAAAUUGGGUGAUUCCAUUGAGGACAGUCCUGUUACCCAAACAAGUGAUAGCCAGACCAAUCCAGCCUCUGGUUCUAGCAGCAAAGCUGCUACUGUAAGGGGCUUGGAUUCUGCUGAAUUUAGGGGUGGGAGUUCAUUUGGUUCUAAGGGUGCAAUGUCAUUUGCUGCUGCUGCCAUGGCUGGGCUUGCAUCUGCAAACGGUCGGGGGAUCAGGGGAGGCAGAGAUAGGCAGGGACAUCAUCUAUUUGGCUCUAAUGAUCCGCCUAGACUAUUUUUUUCUGCUGGUGGAAAGCAACUUAAUAGGCAUUUAACAAUAUAUCAGGCCAUCCAACGACAACUUGUCCUGGAUGAUGAUGAUGAUGAGAGGUAUGCUGGCAGUGAUUUUGUAUCUAGUGAUGGAAGUAGGCUAUGGAGCGAUAUUUACACCAUCACAUACCGAAGGGCUGACGGCCAAACUGAGAGACCUUCAGCUGGGACUGCGAGUUCGACAACCCCGUCUAAAUCUACAAAAGCAGGUUCCACAUCCAAUUCCAAUAUUGAUUCCUCACUUAAUCGAAUCUCGCUUUUAGAUAGCAUUUUGCAGGGGGAACUUCCCUGUGAUAUGGAAAAAAUCAAUCCCACAUAUAACAUAUUGGCACUACUGCGUGUAUUAGAGGGGUUGAAUCAGCUUGCACCACGUUUACGAAUUCAGGUAGUGACAGACAGUUUCUCUGAAGGGAAGAUUUUGUGUCUAGAUGAGCUGAGUGUCACCGGUGUCAGGGUUCCCCCCGAUGAAUUCAUUAAUAGUAAGCUCACUCCUAAAUUGGCUCGACAAAUCCAGGAUGCGCUUGCACUUUGCAGUGGGAGUCUUCCAUCGUGGUGUUACCAGCUGACAAAAGCAUGCCCAUUUUUGUUUCCUUUUGAGACUCGGCGUCAAUAUUUCUAUUCAACUGCUUUUGGGUUGUCCCGUGCAUUGUAUCGGCUUCAGCAGCAGCAAGGUGCAGAUGGACAUGGAUUGACAAAUGAGAGAGAGGUAAGGGUAGGGAGAUUACAGCGCCAGAAAGUUCGUGUUUCCCGAAACCGUAUUCUGGAUUCUGCUGCAAAAGUCAUGGAGAUGUAUUCAAGCCAAAAGGCUGUCCUCGAAGUAGAAUAUUUUGGUGAAGUUGGCACUGGAUUGGGGCCUACCUUGGAGUUUUAUACCCUUUUAAGUCAUGACCUGCAAAAAGCUGGACUGGGAAUGUGGAGAUAUUCUUCAUCAGAUAAACCUUCCAUGGAAGUUGAUAUAGAUGAACAAAAAGAUGGAAAUGGAAUAGCUAAUAGCGCAUCUGAUCAGGGAUCAAAUGGGUGCGAUACAGGUCUGAUCCAAGCACCCCUUGGCUUGUUCCCUCGUCCUUGGCCUCCAAAUUCUGAUGCUUCUGAUGGUAGUAAAUUGUAUAAAGUAAUUGAGUAUUUUCGAUUGCUUGGGCGUGUGAUGGCUAAAGCUCUUCAAGAUGGGCGGCUUUUGGACCUGCCGCUGUCAACCGCCUUUUAUAAGCUUGUGCUUGGCCAAGAACUUGAUUUGCAUGAUAUUAUUUCUUUUGAUACGGAGCUUGGGAAGACUUUGCAAGAAUUGCAAGCCCUUGUUAGCCGGAAACAUUAUCUGGAAUCCAUUGGUGGCCGUGAUCGCAAUGAAAUAAUUGAUUUACAUUUCCGUGGGGCUCUCAUUGAAAAUCUUUGUUUGGAUUUCACCAUCCCUGGUUAUCCUGAUUACAUUCUGAAACAAGGCGAUGAGAAUGUUGAUGUUAGUAAUUUGGAGGAGUAUAUUUCGCUGGUGGUUGAUGCUACUGUCAGGACUGGGAUUAUGAGGCAGGUGGAUGCAUUUAGGGCUGGGUUUAAUCAGGUGUUUGACGUCUCAAGUCUACAAAUAUUUUCUCCAAAUGAAUUGGAUUAUUUGCUUUGUGGCCGCAGAGAGUUGUGGAAGGCUGAGACACUUGUUGAUCACAUUAAAUUUGACCAUGGAUACACUGCCAAAAGUCCUGCGAUUGUUUAUUUACUUGAGAUUAUGGGGGAAUUUACCCCAGAGCAGCAACGGGCCUUCUGUCAAUUUGUAACUGGUGCUCCUCGUCUUCCCCCUGGUGGUCUGGCAGUGCUGAAUCCAAAGUUGACCAUUGUGAGAAAGCAUUCAUCUACCCCCAGCAACACAACAUCGAAUGGGACUGGGAUUUCAGAAUCUGCAGAUGACGACUUGCCAAGUGUGAUGACAUGUGCUAAUUAUUUAAAGCUUCCACCCUAUUCUUCAAAGGAAAUCAUGUACAAGAAACUGCUGUAUGCAAUCAGCGAAGGGCAGGGAUCUUUUGAUUUGUCAUGAGUCUGUCUUCAAACUAACUAUUUAAACUGUAUAUUGUAUCGGGAAGACUGGGUCAUUUGGUAUCGUAGCUGCUGCUGGGCUAUGUUUGUUGUUGAAAGUAGCCUUUGCUCUGCUGCUCAAUAAAGGGUGGUCUCCUUUUGUGGGUUUACUUAGAUAAUGAUAUGUAUACCAAUAUUUGUCAUUUCAUUCGGUUCAAGUGAUUCGUUUUGCAGGCUCCAUUGUGGAAUUAAUUCUGAAUGUGUGGAUGUAUUUUCAAAAAUUGGGAAUUGAUCUUCCGUCGUAAUUUCAAAGUAGUAGUCUUUACUCUUGAAACAAAG